AUGACGGCCUCGACCGAGUCCAACGGUGCUACCGUGCAGCCAGCCAAGAUGAGCGGUGGCAAGGCUGAAGUCAAGAUCCUCAUGCUUCACGGAGCCUUGUUCCGCGCCAAAACCCGCGCCCUGGAAAAACUCCUCACAAAGGUCUUGUCCCCUCUCUCCCUGACCCCCGUGCUCAUCUAUCCCACUGGCCCCAACCGCCUCCUGCCCCAGGACAUGCCGUUCUACUCACCACCCUCCGACCCCGCCGAGGAAGACGACUACCAACCGGACACGUGGGCGUGGUGGCGCAAGGACGAGGGCUCAGGAGAAUACAUCUACCUGGAGAAGGGCAUGGAGACCAUCGCCCAGGCUAUCCGCGAAGCGGGCGGCGUAGACGGCGUGUGUGGAUUCAGCCAAGGCGGUGCGGCGACGGGCAUGGUGGCAGCGGCGCUGGAGGCAGAGCGAGCUGUGCCCGAGGGACCGGCAGGCGAAUGGGUGAGGAAGCUGCGGGAAGCCAACGGCGGGAGGGCAGCAAAGUUUGCCGUGUCUUAUUCUGGGUUUUGGGCGACACCGGAGUCGUUACAGUUCUUGUAUAAGCCCAAGAUACGCACGCCGUCGUUGCACUACCUCGGCAGUUUGGAUACGGUUGUGGAGGAGAGCAGGAGUCAGGCCUUGAUUGACAGGUGCGAGAGUGCGACGCAGGUGGUGCACCCCGGUGGUCAUCAUGUUCCUGUGUCCAAGGAGUGGGUGAUGCCCUUGGCUGGGUUUAUUAAGCAGCAUGUUUAUGAUGCAGCGCCAAAGGCUGGGUUGUGA